AUGAGCGUCUCACCUUUCCCACCGGGCGAAGGCCUCCCCCUGGUGCAAGAUGCCACUACGGCGCAAAGGCAGGCUUCAUACCCUGUACGGUAUCAGAUGCAGGAUCGAGGAGGGGACGAACCAUUUUCUUCAGCGGCUGCAUACAGGUCACCCGUCGCUUCACCUCCUCCUCGUGCUCCUUCUUCGAUCUCGCACGGCGCGCCUCCCAUCCCAAGUACAUACGAGCGUGCAUCCGCAUUAAAGAGUCCUCCUCCACCCGCAACGUCCCUCGUGAUUCAAGAACGCGGUAUGCCAUCCAACUCUCCAUCUCCAGCACCGCCAAAUGGAGAAACACCCAUUCUCUCAUCCCCAACACAACGCGGUACUGGCGCUCGUACAACCACCACUGCUGCAGACAGCCGUUCAGCCUGUACAGCAAGCAAGCGUGACGCUACCGCAUCCAUCUCCAAAUCAGCCCGUAGUAGCACUACUUCAUGGUUCUACGGUGGUCCCAACUCGUUCAUCCGCGUCCCUUCCAAAAUGGCCGCACUCUACAUUCUCGUCACCUUCAUCGAAGCAGCUAUCGUCAUCGCUCUCGUCGGGUACACCUUCGGACGCAUCGUUGCUGAAGUCGAAAACUUCACGCAGAACCUCAAGACUGUCUCUAUCUACUUGGCAGUCUUUGUGUUCGGCUGCGUCUUCCAAGUGUUGGUCGCAUGGGAUGCAGUGAGGUUGAAAAACACAAUGCAGCUUAUUGGAGUGCUUAUAUUCAACAUCGCCCUCACAAUUACAGCCGCGAUCGAGAUCGGACAGGUCAGAGACGCACUCAACGUUCAAGAUAGUAUCGCAGGCGGUAUCACUUGCCCAGAUGACCCAUCUCGGCUUUGUCGUGCACGAUCCCUUUUCCCCGACAUAGAAAGAUACCUCAUUGUGGUAACGGCAACAUGCGGUGUAGCUGAAUUCUUCAUGCUCUACCUCAGUUUCAAGCUCUGGAAGGAAUUCGGUUGGAUCAUCUAUCAAAAGAUCGGCGCGGAUCUCAAAGUACGAAACAUGUUUUUCUGGUAUCAGCUUUUCAUCGUUUUCCUCAAGUUCUCCUUCUUCUUUGGUGUCGGAUUUACGGUGAUCUAUCUGAUCUUGGUGGCGGAUACGACGGACUGGGAGUAUGGAGUCACGAUUGCAGCGGUUCCCAUUGCGAUCGUUUCGCUGUUUGCAGCCGGAUUUGCGGUGAGGAGGGAAUGGUCUAGUUUGAUGGUCCUUUCGUUGUUCUUGAUGAUUGCUGGAUUGACUUACUUUGUGUACAAGUUGACACAGGUUUGGGUUCCAGCUACCGCGGAUCAGUACAUGUACGUUCAUACGACGAUUACGUUUAUUAGUGGAUUUGCGAUCUUGUCGUUGGGAUUGACUUGGUUGAAUGGGAUCAUUUGCUUGUUGAACUUCCAUAAGGGACUUAAGCCGGCACAUGAUGCGAUCGGCACUUUUGGUGGUGUCCGUCGAACAAGGGCGCGUGGAGAGAGGAAUGGGGAAUCGGAAGGUGCCGCACUCGACCUGGAACGUGACGUCGAACCCAAAGAACACUCGGAAACUUCAACGCCCUACAUCCCACCACAUCGAGGAAGUCUCUUCGGCCACGGAGGUGGAGGAGGCACACCUGUUGGCGGGAUCGACCCUAGAAGAGGGAGCAACAUGAUUGCAAGCCCCGUCUACAGUUACAGCAGUCACGGUGGACAUGGUGCCGCUUCUCCACCUCCAUCUGCUAUGAUGGUCGAUCGACGAACUUCAGGAGCAGGACCUCACGCCUACAACCCUCCGCCCAUGGCUGCCACACUGGGCAAUGCACCGGUCUUGGCUCCCCAACCUAUCCUCGCUGCUGCACCGUUAUCGCCUCACGCUUCCAUGGGAUCUCCACCUCCAACCCAGAUGCAGGCAGCACCACCACCGCAACAAUCAAUUUACCACCAGUUGCCAACGCAGGUGCCAAGCCAGGCUUUCGUGGAUGCUCAUCAACCUCGUCCUUCGACGACUCGCAUUUCGCUUGACUGA